AUGGACUCCAAGACGGAGGCAAUCAAAACUCAGAAUGGAAGCAUCCUAAACGGCGAAUUGAGCACCAACACGGAUCACCUUCAGCGAAACCUCGGCAACCGCCAAGUCCAGCUGAUCGCCAUUGGUGGUUCCAUUGGAACGGCCAGUUUCGUCAGUAUCGGCACGGGUCUGUACAAAGGCGGCCCCGGCAGCUUGUUGAUAGCAUACACUUUCUACUCGUGCAUGUUGGCGCUAGUCAACAACUGCAUCGCCGAGAUGGCCGUCUUCAUGCCCAUUACCAGUGCCUUUAUCCGAAUGGCAGGUCAUUGGGUUGACGAGGCCUUUGGCUUCAUGGCGGGAUGGAACUUCUUCAUCUACGAAGCUGUUCUGAUUCCGUUUGAGAUUUCUGCAUUGAAUCUCGUCCUGACGUUCUGGAGAGACGACAUUCCUGUGGCCGCCGUUGUCGCUGCCUGUGUUGUGUCUUACUUCAUCUUGAAUGCUUUCACUGUCAAGUGGUACGGCGAGGCCGAGUUCUGGCUUGCUUCCGGCAAAGUCCUCCUGAUCCUGAUCGUCUUUACCUUUACUUUCGUCACCAUGGUUGGAGGGAACCCCAAACACGACGCAUACGGUUUCCGACACUGGCAGAACCCUGGAGCCUUUGCGGAAUUCAUGACGACCGGCGACUUGGGACGAUUCGAGGGUUUCCUGGGUGCCAUGUGGAGUGCGGCUUUCACUAUUGUCGGCCCCGAAUACGUUUCUAUGGUGUCUGGUGAGACCAAGCUCCCGCGAACCUACUUGAAGAACGCCUUUAAGACGACAUAUCUUCGAUUCGCGUUCUUCUUCAUUGGAGGUGCGCUCACUGUCGGAAUCGCUGUCGCCUACAACGAUCCGACUCUGGUUUCAAUCCUCAGCGGUGAAUCUGGCGGCGCCGGCACUGCCGCAGCAUCUCCCUACGUCAUUGCGAUGAACAACCUGGGCGUCGAUGUCUUGCCUCACAUUACGAACGCUCUGAUGAUUACCAGUAUCUUCUCGGCCGGCAAUGCCUACACGUACUGCGGAACCCGAAGUCUCUACGGACUUGCCCUUGAGGGUCAGGCUCCCAGGUUCCUUCGCAAGUGCACCAAGUCUGGCGUUCCCAUCUACUGCCUCUGCGUCAUCAUGCUGUUCCCUUGCCUCGCGUUCCUCAACGUCUCCAGCAGCACCGCCAAUGUCCUGACCUGGCUCACGAACAUCAUCACCGCGGCUCAGAUCAUCGAUUACAUCGUCAUCUGUAUCACCUAUGUCUUCUUCUUCAAGGCGUGUUUGGCCCAGGGCCUCGACCGCCAGACUCUUCCCUACGUCGGAUACUUCCAGCCCUACUCUGCUUGGAUCAGUGGAAUCUUCCUGUCCACGGUCGUUUGCGUUUACGGAUAUUCCGUCUUUCUUCCCGGAAAAUGGGACGUUCGCACCUUCUUCACUUACUACACCAUGCUUCUCGUUUGCCCUAUUCUUUACUUUGGGUGGAAGUUCCUCAAGGGAACGCGUAUCGUCAAGCCAUUGGAAGCCGAUCUUAUCUGGGAAAAGCCUGUCAUCGAUGCUUAUGAAGAUUCGUUCGAGGAGAUCCCAGUUGGAUUCUGGAAUGAGAUUUUGCAAAUGAUAGGUCUGGGAAAGCUCCCCCAGAACAGCUGGAGAAGUAUGAUGGAAUUCAAGAGUUGUCAAAAAGCCAAUUUUCUCAUCGAACGAGGAGCAGGGCUCGCAGCUUAG